AACUAAGAUCCAAAUCAAUAAACUCAACCACACAGAAACAAACCCAACCUCACCAAAUAAAACCCUCUCAUAAUCGAAACCCUAACCUCCAUUGUGUAUCACUUUGCUUGCAAGUCGCGGCGCCUCCCCCAACUUCACACCAGCAAAGCAAAAGCUUUACCAAUGGGGAUCGAUUUAGUCGCAGGAGGUAAGAGCAAGAAGACGAAGAGGACAGCCCCCAAAUCCGAUGAUAUUUACCUCAAACUCCUCGUCAAGCUUUACCGUUUCCUUGUAAGAAGAACUGGGAGCAAAUUCAAUGCUGUGAUAUUGAAACGUUUGUUUAUGAGCAAAGUUAACAAGCCUCCACUAUCUCUCUCUAGGCUUAUUGAAUUCAUGAAGGGAAAGGAGGAUAAGAUUGCUGUGGUAGUGGGGACAGUGACGGAUGAUAUUAGGGUUUAUGAGGUUCCUGCUUUGAAGGUUACUGCUCUUAGGUUUACUGAGACUGCUAGAGCUAGGAUUGAGAAAGCUGGUGGAGAAUGCUUGACUUUUGAUCAGCUUGCUUUGAGGGCACCUUUGGGUCAAAACACGGUUCUCCUCAGAGGUCCAAAGAAUUCCCGUGAAGCAGUUAAACACUUUGGUCCUGCUCCCGGUGUUCCUCACAGCCACACCAAGCCAUAUGUGCGCUCGAAGGGAAGGAAGUAUGAGAGGGCUAGAGGAAGAAGGAACAGCAAGGGAUUUAGAGUUUAAUAUUACUGCACUACUUGAUUUUGAGGCCUGUUUGUUAUUUAGGUUUUCAUUUUCAGUUGUUUACUUGCUUAUGUUUGCAUCUUAUUCAUGGAUUGUUUAGUAGCUUGUUUGAGGAAGAACCUUUCUUAUGCUACGAAGUGGAGCAUGUUUAAGCGUUUUAAUGUUUUAUUUUACUCAAACAUGGAAUUCUUUGUCUGAA